AAAAAGGCUUGUCUACAAAUCUAACCUAACGUAUUUGGGUAUCGUGGUGCCCCGAUUUCCUGGUCUCCCCCUGGACGAUUUGUCACUUUUGCGUUUGCUUCUUAGUCCGCCACAGGCUAUCAUGACGACCAAGACGCUUCUUCUACGCUAGGAUGUCAUUCUCGCUCAUGAAGUUAUUUAAAUCACACACUGUCCCCUCGCCUCUUACCGAGCUGUGUGAUCUAUAGGCCAUUUGCAGUCAUCAAGUCCUUUUUUCCCCUUCUCAUCAAUCAUUGAAUCUCAUUGAAUCUCAUACUAGUUUUCGCAUUAUCUUCUUCAGCAUGAGUCCUCUUUCGCUCUCUUACACACGCCCAAAGUAUGUAAGCCGUCAAUCACUCCGCAACAGUACGAGCAGCGACUCGCUGUCCGACGCGGAAAAAUCCGAUGCUACGGAUAAUUCCAGCUCUUCUCGUUCCUCCCUUGGAAUACCAGACUCGCUAUCCUUUGACAGGAUCAUUGGUGGUGGCACAUGUCCUCCCAUGACUCUCCGUGAUUUCAUGACCUACCUUAUCUAUGUGGAGCAUGCUGCCGAAAAUCUCCAGUUCUAUCUCUGGUUCCAGGACUAUGAGAAGCGCUUUAAUGCGAAUCCAACAACAGAUGUCAAGCUCGCUCCCGAGUGGACUAGGGCUAUGCAGGACGAAGCUGUCAUCAAGAUUAGAAAGGAACAGUCAGACAAGAUGCGAAAAGAGCCCGAGGCAGCGGCAAUCUUUAAAGGUAGCGACUUUGAGAAGAAGGCUGGCAGCCAGGAUCAUAACAUGAGUGCUGUUGACCCUUUCGCAACACCUCCUCAGAGCAGCAAAGGGGACGAUUCCUCGAUUUACACAGCGUCUUGCACAAUGAACUCACUCAAUGCAAUGAGUCAUCAGAGCCAAGCAUCUGACGCCUUCAAUAUGGUGGGAGCGCAACAGCCUUUCACGAUCCAGCCAUUUCGAGAAGAGAUCAACAGGGUGAUCUCAACAUAUAUAAUGGAAGGUGCACCUCGUCAACUGAACCUAUCCUCUUCUGAACAGAAGGCGGUCAUUGUAGCGCUCUCCAAGACAACUCAUCCUAGCGCUUUUCGAAGCGUCUUCAAGACUGUUGAUUCAAGCCUUCGGCACCAAGCUCAUCCCAACUUCAUCCGAUGGUCUAUCUGCAAUGGAAACCCUGCCCGCGUGUUCUUUGCUCGAUCGUUGGGCGUUGGGCUCAUUGCCGCAGGCAUCAUCGCCGGACUCGUUCUCACGCUGAGUAACGCUGGCCGAGGAUACCGGGCACUGGCAGCCAUAGGUCUUGUUCUUGGCAUAAGCACACUUGUUGCGGCCUACAAGGGCAUGUGUGUUGUUCUGCAUGGAAUGCAUCACCGACAUGUCAGGCCGUGGGAACUGUUUGUAGACAGCGAGAACAUGGAAGAUGCGCAGAAGCAGAGCUUCGACUCGUUCGGAUCUAAAAACAGCUACGAGGAUGAACCCUGGGUCGUCAAGUACGAAAAGCGCAAUGUGGUCCGCAAAGUGUUCGACCGCGAGGUCUGGAUUCAGGAGCCCGCAUUGCGACAGAUUCAAGACACCAUAUUCGUCCAAGCAAUACUCGCUUCAGUUCUCCUGGGCGGCAUCAUCGCCGCUAUCUUUGUUGCUGUUCCGGGAGGCCAUUUCUUUUGAUCGCCCAGAAAGCUUUGUUCUUUUCUUGCCAUGGCAAAACGACUAUAGUACCUCAUGGCACUGUUUUAAUAGCUUCCUCUGGAUUUUUUUGUAAUGGUCUUUGCCAUGAUCUGAGCUACGGAUACCCUACUUUUGUUUGCGGAUGUUGGCGUUUGAGGGGAGUGUCUAGGAGACUCUCGAGUAUAUCUUGCUGCCGGCAUUGUUGUCUAAAACAGUAUUGAUAUUGCUUAUAAUUGACCCCUAUUGUUGAUAACGGAUGA